UUGAAAAAGACCGCCACUUGCGUUAGACACACACAGCAGAGGAAAGAGUGCUUUGUCGGGCGCCGUCUCUUUUAAGGACCAAGUGGCGGAGCCGACAGCCGCGACACCAGCCCUCCCGACCCCCUACCACCACACUGCACCCACACGUUCAUAAUAGUGUUCUACUAGCACCGAUUCUGCUGUUGGCCCCUUACCACUCUACUGUGUCAGAUACUACUACAAAACUCGGCUCUGGGGUUAAUUAUAUAUAUCUGCUUUUAAAACUAAGGACCGACCGUGCGAUAAACAAAGUCCCUCACUUUUUUGUAUCACCCACAAAGACACAUCGCACAACAAACAACACUACAGAACCCAGCAAUCAGCAUCACCAUCCUAAUCACCCUAAUUGCUUCUUUAACCCCCCCCCCUACCUCGUACCCUUGCCACCAGCCUCUCACACACCCUUCUCUUUCUAUUCCUCUUUCUCUCGUCUUCUUUUUUCUUACCAUCUCCUACACACACACUCACACAACUCUUGUAUCUAUCGCUGAAAUCAAUCAAUCGAUUAAUCUAUCUCUCUCUCUUUACUUCACCCUCUUUCUCACUUAUCUUUCUUUUCAUCUAUAUCUAGUUCUCUCUCUCUCUCUCUCUCUCUACCGCGUUCAAACUAUCUGCCUCUCUUUCUACCUAUAAGUUUGUUUAUCUCUCUCUCUCUCUCUCUCUCUCUCUUUCCUUCUAUUUGUCUAUCUAUUUGCAUUUAUUUUUCUGUCUAUAUCUAUCUAUCCAUCUUUCUAGCUAUCGAGCUCUCUCUCUUUCUCUUUCUUUCUCUCUCUCUCUCUCAAUCUCUCUCUCUCUUAAUCUUUCUAUCUAUAGAAAGAAAGAAGAUAAAAGCCAACCUCCGCUACAGCUGGUUUAAUUUCACUCUCAUCCUCUCAAUUUUCCUCCCCCAUCUCCCUUUCAUUUUCCUUAAUAGUUCUUAUACUUUCUCCCCCCACUCCCUCCCUUGCUCUUUCCUCUUUACUCCUACCACCACCACAACACCCCCUCUCUCUUUCUCUCUCUCUCUCUCCACACACACACACUCGGCGCCCUGACACCAAACUCUCAAAGACAUUUUUGUUUUUCCAUUAUGACCAUAACUUCGUUUACCAUGGAUUUUCACCAAGAGAACAAAAAACACAGACGGAUGGUUUUCCACAAAAUGGAACAGCUUGUGAAGCAGAUGAGUGAUCCGAGUAAUGGCAUCCAAGUUCGCACACAAAAACAGUUCCUCACAACGAUUCCGAAAGCAUUCACAGGAAGUGAUCUUAUUGACUGGUUGAUGAAGAAACUUGAUAUCACAGAACUUAACGAAGUCUACCACUUAGCCAGUCUCCUCUGUCACUAUGGAUAUAUUUUCCCAAUCACCGAUACGAAAUCGUUGAGUGUCAAAGAAGAUGGAUCCUUAUACCGCUUUCAGUGCCCUUAUUAUUGGCCUCAAAGUGAUAUGUCUUCAGACAAUGAAGCUUAUGCCAUACAUUUAACCAAGAGAAGCAUGCGUAACAAGCAGAAGCAUGGCCUUGAGGAUUAUGAACAGGCAGCAUUAAAUCGACUCAAGACUAUGUAUUCUGAUAAAUGGAAUAUGAUCAAUACCCAGGCAGAAAAUCAAGUGCAGAUUGCUAAGGAGAAAAAGAAAAUCGACAAAAUGAUAUGUGAUAGUCAAGAGAGGGCUUUCUGGCGAGUGCAUAAACCAGCACCAGGACAAAUAAAAUCUUUUGAGGAACAAUCAAAGAGGAACUUCUCACCUUCACAGAUAACUGCCAAAAAGGAAAGCAAGGAGUAUUUACAAAAUAAGGUAAACAAUCUGACAGCCUCUCUAGAAAAACCAAGGAUGCGUAUGUCAAAGGUCAUUGAAAGUUAUCAGAAUCGGGUAGACCAAUAUCAUGAUUUUGAUCCAUUCUUUUGUCCUCCUCAUCCAUCCAAUCCAUGGAUUACUGAUGAUACCACAGCCUGGACAGCAAGCUCAAACUGUGAUCAACCAACUGAAAAACGGGUUAAGAUGUGGAGCUUUGGCUUACAUGAAUUACUCUCGGACAGAGCUGGACUCGUCUGCUUUGAAUCGUUUCUCAGGAAAGAGUUUAGCCAUGAAAACAUCCACUUCUGGCUGGCCUGCAAAGCCCUCAAAUCCUGUGCACAGUCUCAAGUGGCAAGUAAGGUCGAGAAAAUCUAUGAAGACUUUCUGGCACGUGGUGCUCGCUGUGAGAUAAACAUUGAUUGUAAGACAAUGGAGGAAGUACAAACAAACCUCAAGAAGAAACUAUCCAGAUAUACAUUCGACCCUGCACAAAGUCAUAUCUAUACUCUCAUGAAGAAGGACAGCUAUGCACGAUUCCUUCGUUCUGAUGAAUAUAAGACUUUACUUGCCAACGCUGUACAACCAACUGGCAAGAAAAAGUUCUCUCUUUUAAGAGUACUUAUAAGCAGCUUGGCACUAAAACUCUGGGCAGAACUUGAGAGAAGAUUAGCUAUGGCUUUGAUUAUGUUCUCUGGAACUUUAGCUAAGCAAGUUGAAGAGCUCCAUGAAUGGGGGACAGAAUCAAAGGCUUUCUAUACAUCAACUUGUAAUUAUUCCAGAGAAUCUUAA